AUGCUGACGCGAUUCCCCCCAUCAGCAGAGGAGGACUUGGCGGCAAAGGAGGUAUUGGCAGCGGAGCAGGCCGUAGCAGUAGAGGAGGCAACAGCAGAGGAUGGCUCAACAACAGAGGAUGAGUUUGGAGGAGCACAGGAUGCAGCUGGCUCAGGCACUGUGGAGUCGGCAACUGGGGCUGGGGGGACGGAACUGCUGAGUGGGUGGAGGAAGCCGUAUGAGGAGUUCCUUGGAAAGGAUAUGUUGGGCAAGCUGCAGGAGGUUACGGAGGAGCAGGCACGGCUGGCCAUCGAAACACACGACUGGGGUCGAUUUAUAGAGGAGAAUGAGAAGGCUGGCAAGGGGGAAGCUAUCAAGGAGACAUGGCGCAGUGUGCUGGACAUUAAGCUGCUUCGAAUGUACGAGAGCCUGGAAGGGGAGUGGAAAGGAGUAGUGGAGCUGGAUAGCAGAGGAGCAGAGGAUCAGGGGAGAGGAGCAUUGGAGAGGGGACACGAAGAGGGUCAGGGGAGAGGGGCAGGGGAGAAAGAGGGGGGGGGGGAGGGGCGGGGGAGAGCGGCGGGGGAGGGGGAGAGGGGCGAGGGAGAGGGGCAGAGGAGGGGGAGAGGGGCGAGGGAGAGGGAGAAGGGCAGGGGAGGGGGAGAGGGGCAAGAGAGAGAGCAGUCAGCAGAGCCAGUGGUAGAUGUAGAACACAACGACUUCUCCCUCUCCCCCCCUUAUUCUCCCUCCUCUCCCCCCCCCCCUAUUCUCCCCCCCCUCCCCUCUCCCCUCCUUAUUCUCCCCCCUCUUCCCCCCUUAUUCCCCCCCCUCUACACCCUUUAUUCUCCCCCCUCUCCCCCCCUUAUUCUCCCUUCUCUCUCCCCCUUAUUCUCCCCCCUCUCCCCCCCUUGUUCUCACCCCUCUUCCCCCCCUAUUCUCCCUCCUCUCCCCCCCUUAUUCUCCCCCCUCUCCCCCCCCCCUUAUUCUUCCCCCUCUUCCCCUCCUUCUCUCCCCCUUAUUCUCUCCCAUCCCCCCACCCCCUUAUUCUCCCCCCUCUCCCUCCCCCCCAGGGCGGCAGAGCCGGCAUGGGUGGCGCAGGCAUGGGUGGGGCAGGCAUGGGUGGGGCAUGCAUGGGUUGGGCAUGCAUGCGUUGGGCAGGCGUGGGUGGGGUAG